AUGGCCAAGAAGGUGGUGUUGAAGGGUGUCCAUAGACACAGAAAGAAGAAGAUCCGGACAUCUCCCACCUUUCGGCCACCCAAGACACUAAGACUCCGAAGGCAGCCCAAGUACCCUUGGAAAAGUGCCCCUUGGAGAAACAAGCUUGAUCGCUAUGCCAUCAUUAAGUUCCCCUUGACCACUGAGUCUGCUGUGAAGAAGAUUGAAGACAACAACACCCUAGUCUUCACCAUGGACGUCAAGGCCAACAAGCAUCAGAGCAAGCAGGAGGUAAAGAAGUUCUAUGACAUCAACAUGGCCAAGGUCAAUACACUGAUUCACCCUGAUGGAGAGAAGAAGGCCUAUAUCCGACUUGCUCCAGACAAUGAUGCUUGA